AUGAGGCUGUCAACCCUGAUUGCCGCCUCCUCGGCGGGCAUUGCGGCUGCCCACGAAGGUCUUCAUAUACCCAGGAUCCUGGGUGGAAGACAGUUCUUGUCUGAGUUGGCUGCUCAAAGGAGGGCAGCAGCUGCUGUCUCUCCCAAGGCCAACGCACGGCAUUUCGAGGAGUCUGGGAGCGUAGAGAAGCGCCAGCAGACCCCGAACCCAACGCGCUGUGGUCCUAAUUUUGGUGGUGCGUCGUGCCAGGAGGGCUAUUGCUGCUCUUCGGCAGGCUGGUGCGGUAUUGGGCCCGAGUACUGCAAUGCCCCUGACUGCCAGAUCAACUACGGUCCUGGCUGCGAUGCCAACAAGAUCCCCAAUGGCCCUGAUACGCGGAACGUCCCUCGUCCGCGCGUCGGCUCUGUCCCCUACGGCGGCACGGGUAUCUAUGGCUGCGAGAACCCUGGUGACAUCGCCAUCACGUAUGACGACGGGCCGUACCUGUACACAAACGACCUCUUGGACCUGUUCGCCCAGUACAACGCCAAGGCAACCUUCUUCAUCACCGGUACCAACAUCGGCAAGGGUCAAAUCAACGACCCUAGCACUCCCUGGCCGGACGUCAUCAGGAGAAUGCACAAUGAAGGCCACCAGAUCGCCAGCCACAGCUGGUCGCACCAGGAUGCUGCCGAGCUGACGGAGCAGCAGAUCAUCAACCAGAUGGUGUACAACGAGAUCGCCAUCAACGACAUCCUCGGCUUCUUCCCGACCUACAUGCGCCCGCCCUACUCCAGCUGCCCGGCCCUCUGCCAGCAGGUAAUGUAUGACCUGGGCUACCAUAUCACCUACUUCAACUUCGACACCGAGGGUUACCUGCACACCCAGCCCGACCAGAUCCAAAUCAGCAAGGACAUCUGGGACAGCACCAUCAACUCCUCCAACCCGAACGUCAACAGCUUCCUGCACAUCGAGCACGACAUCCACUGGCAGGUCGUCUACAACCUGACCGAGUACAUGCUCCAGUCGCUCGUCAGCCACGGCUACCGCGCCGUCACCGUCGGCGAGUGCCUCGGCGAUCCGAAGGAGAACUGGUACCGGACCGGCCCCAGCUCCGGCCCUGGGGCGAGUACGUCGACUGCUGCUUCUACUUCUACUGCGACUUCGGUAACUACCUCUACCGCUCCGACCCAGACAGGAACCGUCAGUACUGACGGAACUUGCGGCAACGGUGUGACGUGCCUCGGCAGCGAGUUUGGCAACUGCUGCUCGCAGUAUGGCUGGUGCGGCUCUACUUCGGACUACUGCGCCCCGGAGAAUGGCUGCCAGCCUGAAUGGGGCACUUGCGGCCUCUCGUCAUCGUCGUCGUCGUCGACCCUCGCCACCUCGACCUCGACCUCGACCGCCUCGACCCCGACUGGCACCAUUCCCGUCAGCACCGAUGGACACUGCGGUUUUGGCGUAACGUGCGAGGGCAGUGUGUUCGGAAACUGCUGCUCGCAGUAUGGCUGGUGCGGUUCCACCAUCGAUCACUGUUCUCUUGAGCUCGGCUGCCAGCCGGAAUGGGGUAUUUGCGAUGGUGAGGAGGAACCGACUUCUUCGUCUUCGGCUGUUGCUUCGACCUCGACCUCCACUAGCUCGUCCUCGACUUCUACCAGCUCGACUUCCACCUCGACUAGCUCGUCCUCGACUUCUACCAGCCCGACUUCCACCUCGACUAGCUCGUCCUCGACUUCGACUAGCUCGGCCUCCGCUUCUUCGACAUCUACCUCGUCCUCCACUUCUUCAGCUUCUGCCUCGUCCAGCUCGUCAUCUUCCUCAGCCCAGCCAACCCAGACCGCUGUCGUCUCGACCGACGGCACCUGCGGCAAUGGCGUGACCUGCUUGGGCAGUGACUUCGGCGACUGCUGCUCGGCCUACGGCUGGUGCGGCUCCUCGGCCGUUUACUGCGCCAUCCAGAACGACUGCCAGUCUGAGUGGGGUCUCUGCUGGGACGAGAACGACCCGCCGACGACGACCUCGAGCUCCGUCGCGACCCCGACUGCCAUCAGCACUAAUGGCCGCUGCGGUAACGGCGUAACCUGCAUUGGCUCUGCCUUUGGCGACUGCUGCUCGGCCUACGGCUGGUGCGGUACCAGCGUCGACCACUGCUCCAUCGAGCUCGGCUGCCAAACCCUCUGGGGCACGUGCGAUGGCGAGGAGGAGCCGCCUGUGACGAGCAGCGCUAGCACCAGUGAGACUACCAGCACCACCACCACCGGCGUUAACCCUAGCAGCAGCUCUGACAGCAGCUCUGCUAGCAGUUCCAGCUCUACCGUAACUGAGACAACCUCGAGCAGCAUCAUCUCUUCCACAUCCACCCAGGCAUCUUCCACAUCCGCCAGCAGCACAUCCUCUACCAGGACCAGCACCUCGUCUACCCGCAGGCCCACCCCGACUCGGAGGCCUUGCAAGAAGAAGCGCUCGCUGCAGAACCUGAACGAGCCGGCUGCCCCAGCUCCGGCUCCGCUUUUCAGGGCGUGA